GGGGUACUGUUACUGCGAAAUGUGAUUCAUUGCAUGCUGAAAUAGAAAUUUCUUCUGGGUCACCAAUUCCCAAGAGGCGACACCUUUUUUUUUCCCCAACUUUAUUUUUAUUUUUUAUUUAUUUUUCCAUUACGAGAGCAAAGAUGUGUGAAACAAAUGGUUCUGCGGCCAGCAAUGGCACCAAUGGCACCAAUGACACAGCGCCUAUUCGCCGGUCCAAUCCUUACCAGUCCAACCCGGGCGAGUUUUUGUCCAACGUAGGAAGAUUCAAGAUCAUUGAGUCAACUCUCCGAGAGGGAGAACAAUUUGCCAAUGCCUACUUCGACACCCAAACCAAGAUUAACAUUGCUAAGGCUCUCGAUGCCUUCGGAGUCGACUAUAUCGAACUCACAUCCCCGGCUGCUUCUGAGCAAUCGCGCUUGGACUGCAUUGAGAUCUGCAAGCUCGGACUCAAGGCCAAAAUCCUAACUCACGUUCGUUGCGAUAUGCGAGAUGUGCAGAUGGCUAUCGACACUGGUGUAGAUGGCCUGGAUAUUGUCAUUGGAACAUCACAUUUCCUCCGGGAGCACAGCCAUGGCAAGGACAUGGCCUUCAUCACCAAGGCUGCCUUGGAAGUCGUGCAAUACGUCAAGGACAAGGGCAUCGAGGUCCGAUUUUCUAGCGAGGAUUCUUUCCGAUCCGACCUAGUAGAUCUAUUAUCACUCUACAACGCAGUGGACAAGAUUGGUGUUAACCGUGUCGGUAUUGCUGAUACCGUCGGCUGCGCCAGUCCACGACAGGUCUACGAGCUCGUCCGAACAUUAAGAGGCGUAGUUUCUUGCGACAUCGAGACGCACUUCCACAACGACACGGGCUGCGCUAUUGCCAAUGCUUUCUGUGCCCUCGAGGCUGGUGCAACACACGUUGACACCAGUGUACUCGGAAUCGGCGAGCGUAACGGCAUCACCCCUCUUGGUGGCUUCCUAGCACGCAUGGUGGUCACUAGCCCCGACUACGUCAAGAGCAAGUACAAGCUGAGCAUGAUCAAGGAGAUCGAAGAUAUGGUUGCCGAGGCGGUGGAGAUCAACACCCCCUUUAACAACCCCAUCACUGGUUUCUGUGCUUUCACCCACAAGGCCGGUAUCCAUGCCAAAGCCAUCCUGAACAACCCCUCCACCUACGAAAUCUUAAACCCCGAGGAUUUCGGUUUGACGCGUUACGUACACUUUGCUUCCCGAUUAACGGGAUGGAACGCCGUCAAGACUCGAGUAACACAACUUGGCCUGACUAUGACAGACGACCAGGUCAAGGAAUGUACGGCUAAGAUCAAGGCAUUGGCUGAUGUGCGACCGAUAGCUAUCGACGAUGCUGAUUCAAUCAUUCGUACUUUCCAUUUGAAUCUACAAAACUUGGUAAAUACCAAUUGAAGGGAACUAGUAGCGGGAACAAGAUAGAGAAAGGUGACUUCCAUUAUGGAGCGUAUUCAAAAAAGCGUCAGCAUCAAAAAGGGUGUGGCCAAAAGUCCGGCGUGCAUUGCUUCGGUUUGGGGGUUUUAAAAAAGUCUACUGCAUCAUGAGACGAGGCCAUAAUGUGGCUUAUGUUGUAUACAACAGGAACAAGGAUCAAUUUCACAUUAUCUAUUCUGAAAUUACCUAUCUGUGAUGCGUUUGCGGUCGUAUACUAUUACGGAAACUUUGGAGAUAUAACUUUGGAUAACUAACAGGUAGAUGACUUUUCAGGUUUUGAUAUUUGAACUGUGCAUGCUGUACUAUACAUACCUAACAUACCUCGAUAAAGUUCACAAUCGAGUGAAAAGUGAUUCGCUUCCGAAGACGGUUUAGGAAUAGAGAUAGGGAUUCAUCAAGUGAAUAUAGCAAC